AUGGCCCUUCCCGUGCUCGCUUCGGCUCCGCUGAACCCGGUCAUCGGCUUCAGGAAAUCCGCUCCGUCGGCUCCUGUAACGCGUUCCGCACACUUACGCUCGUUGCCAACUCCAGCUCCACUCCAGCUCGUCGUCGGCUCGCCCCCUCUGCCUCCGGCCCUUAGGCUCGUCACUGCAGCCGGGACAAGCACGGCGCAACUAGGAGACGAGCUUAAGGUGCUGGGGACAUGGAGGAGCCCAUUCGCUCUACGAGUGAGGGCGGCGCUCUACUUCAAGGGCCUGCAGUACGAGUACUUCGAGGAGAACCUCGAGAACAAGAAGCUGCCGGUCCUCAUCCACAACGGCGUCCCGAUCUGCGAGUCUCUUGUGAUCCUGGAGUACAUCGAGGAGAAGUUCAGUGAUGUGGGCCCAUCGCUCCUCCCCGCCGACCCCUACGAACGUGCCAUGGCGCGCUUCUGGGCCACCUACAGUGAAGACAAGCUGAUCGCCCCGUGGUUGAAGAUGUUCAGAGGCAUCACGGACAAGGAGAGGGCCGAAGGGGCGAGGGAGACGCUGGAGGCAGUGAACGCCCUGGAGGGGCUGCUCUCCAGGGGGCAACCAAAGCCCUUCUUCGGCGGAGACGAUGUCGGGUACGUCGACGUCGUGCUGGCCGGCAUGAUAGCGUGGAUGCAGGGAACCAAGGCACUUUGCGACGUCGAGCUCCUUGACGCUGCCAAGACCCCGCUCCUGGUGGAGUGGACGGAGCGCUUUGCCCGGCUGGACGGCGCCAGGGCGCUUAUGCCGGACGUCGGCAGGUUGGUGGAGUUUGCCAAGAUGAAACGGGCCAAAAUGAUGGCUGCAACGCAAACUAAUUAA